CACUACGGUCACACUUAGUCAAGUAACUCAAAAAAAUACAUCGCAGUUGUUACGUGAAAAUUUUCAGACGAUAAUUACUAAGUAUUUGUUGUGUUUUAAGAAAUUUUUCUUUGCAAAAGUGUCUGGCAGUGAUUGUACAAAUGUUAUAGGAUAAACAGCCUGAACUUAUCAACUGCGAUUACUUGAAACCAAAAAACUUGAUCAAAGACAGGAUCAAGGUUAGGAAGUGUACUAUGGAUCAGCUAUUUCAGAGCUACCGCGACGAUGAGCGGAGAAUUGGCGAGGAAUACCUGUCCAGUCUACAGGACCUCAACUGCAACAGCAAGCCGCUCAUCAACAUGCUCACCAUGCUCGCAGAGGAGAACAUCAGCUACGCCCACAUCAUCGUAAAAGUGGUGGAAUAUUAUAUCAGCCAGGUGGCGCCCGAAUUUAAAUUGCCCAUACUAUAUUUAAUUGAUUCGAUAGUAAAGAAUGUGAAAAGCAGCUACGUCCAGUUGUUUGGACAAUGCAUAGUCAACAUAUUCCUGCACGCAUUUGAAUCGGUUCAGCACUCGCAGUCGCAGGUGUUGGAGAAGGUGCGGGAGCGAAUGUACGCUCUGCGACAGACCUGGAACGAGGUCUUUCCGCCCUCCAAGAUGUACGCCCUGGACGUAAAGGUGAAGCGUCUAGAUAACAACUGGCCCAUCACCGCCAAACAGCCAACUAACAAAAUCCAUGUCAAUCCGGCCAUUCAUGUUAACCCGGACUUUCUUAAAACGGGUAUGGUACCCGUAAUGCCCGUUAAUCCUGCACUGCCCAGCGACAUGGAGGAGAUACUCCAGGCCAAGACUCGCGAACUGCUCGAGCUCAAGAAGCGCAAACUCGAACUUGAGCUGGAGCAGACCAAAAAGCAUUUAGAGGAGCAGGAGCGUCAGCUCAACCAGGCCACCGACGCAAUGGCUGUGGCUCCAAUGAUCAUGCCUGCCCCAACUGCAGCGGCCAUUCGUCCGCCCACGAUGGAUCCUAGUCUGGCGAUGCGUAAUCAACGAGCUUCGGGACCGAUGGCUAAUGCUGUUCCCAUAAUGGCCAAUAUGCCAGUGGUACAGCAGCAGUUUGCCAACAAGCCAAAGGUUAAUCCUGUCAAUCCGGCGUUGCUAAAUUCAGUUCGCCAACGAGAUCCGCGACUAGCGCGCCAAAUGCAGUCGCAGGUCUCGCUACCAGCAGCUCCGGCCCGCAAUGAUCCUCGCUUGGAGGCGAAAUCGAACUCAACCUCACAGAAAUCUAGUCGGUCGCGCAGCAAGUCGCCUGUGCGCAACAGCAGCAGUCGCUCGGGGAAAAGUGGAAGUUCUCACCACAGCAGCUCGUCGAGUCGCAAGCGUAGCGAGUCGAAGAGUUCCACUGCCUCCUCAUCCUCAUCGGGAUCCGAGGUGCGGCACAAGAGCGGCAGCAGCAGCAGCUCCAAUCACUCGCCAGUGAAGCGAUCGGGCAAGCACUUGUCCAAGGAGCAAUCGGAUCGCUAUGCCCGCAACGGUUCGCCCGCGGGAUUGUCGAAGCGCAAGAGCAGUUCGCCAAGUAGCUCGCCCUCAAAAUCCAAACGCAGUUCGUCCCAUAAAUCAUCAUCGGCUUCGUCGCGAGGGAAGUCAUCUUCAGGACGGUCCCGGAGUCGAUCUCCAGUGUUCAUGGACGUUGAUCUUCGUAGCGGAGGCCGCAGCAAGUCACCAGAGCCAAAGGCAGCAGCUCCAUCAUCAUCGGCAACAUCGUCAGCCGCAGCAGCAUCUAAAGCACCAAAUGAUUUAGAGAAACCUACAUUUCAAAUACUUGAACCAGGCCCUCCUCCAGCUCCUCCAAGUCCGCCGAUUAUAGAUGUGUCGUGCAUGGACAUUGACUUGAGGCGGCCAAAGACGCCGCCUCCCCCGACAUUCGACUCACCGGAAGGCCUCGACAAGAAGGAAACAAAUAGCGACAACAUCAGCAGCACAAUAAUACUAGCUAGUGGCGCCUCCACCGCCUCUCCGUCAGCCGCGUCCACUUCCAAAUUGCCCGCAAAAGUGUCGUUCAAAAUACAAAAACAGUUUAAUAAAUUAGAAAAAUCUACAGCGAAUCUAUCAACAGUAUCAAUGCUAAAUCCCAACCCCACGACUUUAGUGCCAGCAGCGUCUCUAGUCAGGCAGCCGUCGCCGACUCCAUCGACCUCGUCCGUCUCCUCGCAGGGUAAUGUUUCGGAUGCACUGCAGCAGUCGAUCAACAAGUUGCUUCACGCUCAAGGCGUCUCCGGUGCCGCCGAGAAACGUCCUGCCGACGACCUUCCACCGGAGAUCGACGGCGAAGAGCAGCCGCCGCAGCAGAAGCGCAGCAAGUCAACCAAACUAGACGCUCUCUUUGGCAGUGAGGAUGUUGACCUGCGUCGCGAGAUUCCAGCCGUAAAACCAGGAGUAAUUGUUGUGGAGGACGACUCCAUGGAUAACUGCGACGUGAUUAAGCCAACAAAGAAAUCGACUUCUCCUCCCAAGAAGGCAACAUUGGAGGAAUUGCGUGCCAAGUUGGCAAACUCUGCUCGAAUUCAAAAUAAACAGGUCAAGUCUGCUGACAAAGAUCUGGCCGUUUCUAAACGCCUGAAGCAGUUGUCUGAGCUGAAGACCAAUGACGACUCUCAGGAGGCCCACGAUGAGAAGGUCCGCACGAUUCUCAGCCAGGCUCAGGAGAUGUACGAGAACCACAGCAUGAACCAGGAGCAGUACAAAGACCUUGUUCAGAAAGUGGUCGCUAUCAAUGAGAACAGCAAGUUAAAGGAUCCGCGGCGACGGGACGAUGAUCUUGACCUGGAGCGCAAUGCGGCGAGGGACGCAGUGCUGCGCAAGCGCAUUCCCAAGCUGAAGGGCAACGAAAAUCAUUCAUCGGGCUCGCCGCGCAGCGAUGGUUCGCCUCGGUACGAGGAUCAGCUUGCCCCAGCACCAGAGAAACCCAUAAAUAAAAGGGACAAAACAAAGCGGGACAUUAAGCGUCGCAAGCCGAGCAAAUGGGGCGAUCAAGUGGAUCCGGCAGUGGCUCAACGAACUGCCUGGCAGAUUGCCAACGCCAAUAACAAUAACAAUAAUAACAACAACAAGCGGGGCGGCAUGCAGAUGCCCGUCCAGCAGCCUGGAUUCCGUGGCAUGCCAUGGCAACAACCGCCCGCAAUGGUGAUGUCCCAAACUGGAGUUCCUCCUCCACCGCAACCGCCCUCGAUGAUGGGCUUGCCGCCCGUCCCGCCUGUAACCAUGACCAAGGCUAUAAAUUCGCUUGACAAUCCAAUGGCUGAUGUGGUUCGUAGCAUCACAAUCGACGGAGGUUCGAAGGAGAUUCGAUUCUACAACCAGGUGGCCAUCAUCUUUAUGGAUGGCGAUCAGCCGCAUGAGAUCGGUUUCCAGCAGGGUCAGCGCGUGGUCAUGAUCGACCACAACGACCCAUUGCCGCUGAGCUUCAACGACGACUACAAGCCGUUCCAGUUGGAUGGGCAGCUUCAUCGGAUCCGAUUCGGUUUCCCAUCCCGCGAACUCUACAUCGACGAUCACUGGUACGAGAUCUACUUUGGCGGUCCGCCUGUUUCCCUGCCCAUUGGAAACAAACUACAUGUCAUCAAGGCAGAGGGUCCGCCGCCCAACGUGGACAUCGGUCGAGUGCGACGUGACCUGGUGGUGGGCAAGAUCAAUAUGAUUGUGGACGCGCAUACUAUUGUGCCACUCUUCCUGGACGCCAGACAGCAGACCUUCCAGCUGGGCGCGGAGCAGCAUUCGCUGCAGUUCGUGGACAGUUUCCAAUACGCUCUGUUGGACGGGCAGCUGCAGAAGGUCGAAUACGGUGGCCUGCCGAAGGGAAUGCAAUUGAAUGGCGGUCGCAACUGCUUCAUUCGUUUUGGUACACUGCCCAAAGGGGUUGUGGCCGGCAAGACGCAUGUAGCGGAUAUGGUGUACAUUAAGACUGAGGCUCCAGCAGAGCCACCGAAACCGCCUCCCAUGAUUGUGAAGCCACCGCCCGUGCUGGAGCAACCAAAAGUGGCUGCCGCUGCUCCUCUAGCUCCGCUUUCCCUGCCAGCAGCCGCCGCUGCUCUAGAGAGCUUAAACAUCAACGAUCUGUUCCAGAAGCUCGUUUCGUCCGGAAUAAUUGGUGCAGCAGCUGCUGUGCCAGCUGUGCCCGCUGCAGAGGCUCCAGCGACCAAGGAACCAACAACCACUGCCAACGAAGCCUCAACCGCAGCUGCAGGUGCCACGGCAGCAACUCCUGCUCCAGCUGGUCCACCAAUAGAACCCAUCAAGCGCAUCGAUCUUCAAAAACCGGAAACCAUCAAAACCCGCCAGGCGGCAGUGGUGGCCACUCUUUACCUGGGAAUGCAGUGCAGCAGCUGUGGAGUGCGGUUCCCGCCAGAGCAAACCAUAAAGUACAGCCAACAUUUGGAUUGGCACUUCCGCCAGAACCGAAGAGAGCGGGACUCCACCAGGAAAGCCACCUCUCGCAAGUGGUAUUACGAUCUCAACGACUGGCGGCAGUAUGAGGAGAUCGAGGACGUGGAGGAGCGCGAGAAGAACUUCUUAGAGACCCAGGGACAGCCUGGCGGCAUUGAGGCGCUUGAUGAGAUCUCUCAGCAGCGGUCGUUGGACUCACCGGUGCCCACUUGCGCCGCCGGGACGGAUGACGUGGAUCACUGCUGCGACAUGUGCCACGAAAAGUUCGAGCAGUUCUACAACGAAGAGCUCGAGGAGUGGCAUCUGCGCAGCGCCAUCCGAGUCGAGGACAAGAUCUACCAUCCGUUGUGCUACGAGGACUACAAGGCCUCGUUAAAUCCUCAGGUGCAAAUGAAAUCCGACAGCGAUGUGGACAUGAACAACACCGAUGAUAAUGCCAUGGACACACUGAUUAAAGUGGAGGAUGACGAUGAUGAUGGUGCCGCUAAACCAACGCAAACUGUUUUUGAAGAAGAUGACGACGAUGUCAUCGUGCUGCCCAACGAAGAGCCCAGUGUCACGGAAAUCGUCGACGACGAUGACGAGGACGAGUAUGUUCCCGGCAAUGUGACUCGGGCGGACAUGGGUAAUGAGUCGCAGGAAAAGACAGAGUCCAAUUCCGAGCCGAAAGAACCGGAGAAGGAUAAGGAGCAGGCUACUAGUGGAGAGCCGCAAAGCGAGUCGGCCAACGAGUCGGAUGUGGAGAUCCAAGAGCCAAACAUUCCGUUCACCGAUCUUGACACCUACGUGGAAAAGGAGAUGGAUGAGGCCACCAGAACGGCGCUGCUCAACGUGAAAAUUAAGGAAGAGCCAAAAGACGAUUACGAGGAGGACGAGGACGAUGGCUUCGAAGACGUGGGCACGGUGGUGUCACUGCUGCCGCUGCCCGAGGACGAGAUCUCCAUCCACAGUAGCGAAACGCAAACGCACACCAUCGCCUCGUCGGCGUCGCCGGCCACCAUUGAGCGGCCCGCAUCGGUGACCUCGCUCUCCCUGCCCGCCAACGAGGCGGAGGAGGUUGAGCAGCAGGCGGAUACGGUCGCCGACACGGAUGCGGAACUGAACGGAGAGAAGCAGGAGUCCACGCACAACCUGAGCGCAGUGGGUCCGGCGUUACCUUUGGCUAGCAUAGUUAAUAAAAUAAAGAUAAAUAUCACUAAGAAUACGAGUAGUAAUAGUCAUAAUAGUGCCUCCAACGCCACGACGACGGACUCGCAAGUCUCGGCCAUCAGCGUCAUCGGUGGAUCAGGAGGAGCUGUCGGUGUCGGCGCAUCCGGAGCCGGGGAGUCCGCGCAGCAGGUGAACGCCAUUCAAACCAUUUCCACCAUUCCAGUGCUUUGCGGCGGCAACACGUUCGUGCCGAAGAUUGCAACCAGCACGUCUUCCUCCAACGUAAUCAGCUCGAUCUCGGUGAUUGGCAGCAGUUACGGCGGAAGUAGCGGCAGCAGCAGCAACGGCAGCCGGAGCACCGGUUCCAGCGCAGCUUCCACUGCAUCUGCCUCGCUUCCGGCGGAGUCGGCAAGCCGGAAAUCGCCAACGCCGCCGCCCGCUGCCCCAGAACCGGAUCCGGAACCCGUCGUUGAGUUGAAGCCCGCGCUACGGAACGCGACGUUGAAGCGGACGAAGAAGGUGCAGAACGGCAUCGAAACCUCGGGACUGUGCUCGAUCAUGUAAACCGCAGGGCUCGGCGACCAAGCGAUAUUCCUAUUUAAUUCUUUUCUACGAUUACUUUUACACGUUACUUAGUUUUAGAUAGCCCGCGAGAUUUUCUUCGCCGGAGAGCGACGACUCGUGAUCCGUAGGCACCCAGAUACUUUCUCGAUCCGGAGCUUACACUCGUAUACAUAAUUUAUUACCGAAAACAAAUAAAACUGGCAAAAUUUAAUAAAAACAACUUACAGAAUAAAACAGAGUAUACAUAAUUUGUGAUAACUUGAAAACACUAGCAAACAGAUCAGAUUUCUUUGACCAUUAACAUCAUGCCGAACAAUUUGUAAUAUUGCGUAUUUUUAUGGCGACUUGAAAAAAAUAAAAAAAAAUGAAUUGUACAGCAAACAUUUAAUCUAUUUCUUUUUUAUGAGAUUUAGUUAUUUAUGGCUUAUAUUUGACAAAACUAUCAAAUGCAUAAUAAAGAUAUAUAUUCAAGCAAAAA